CCGAAACAGCAGCAGCCCCCUCGGCCCACCAUUCCAGCAGAGCGCAGCAUGCGACUUGUAGCAAAGGAUGUGCAACAAAUACCUUCGGAUGUUGGGAUCCUUGAUAGUACGAAUGCCCCUUCUCUCUUUCGAUCUCCUUUAAGCUACCUGAAGCUGCAAUACAAACGCAUUGCGUUCAGCUUCCGCGACCAGUUCUCCCUCAUCGUCCUGAAAUUCUCCUCCCCGAAGGCGAAGGGAUUCAUGAAACGAAAUUUGAAGCUCUCGCGAUCCACCAUUGCCCCGACUGCAAUCGCACUUCACCGGCAAAUGUAUUCUUCCUUUGCAGAAGGAGAUAUUGCCUCACUUCGCAAGAUCUGUGCAGAUGGAAUCUAUGACAGUUUCCGGGCCCGAAUUGGCAGCCGGCCGCGAGGAGAGACCGUGCAAUGGGAACUCGUACAAUAUAACAAAAGGGCGAGGGUAGUUUCCAAUCGAGGAGCGAGAUUCCCCACGGAAGGUGGGGCUAUAAGACAGGCUGUUGUGCGUAUAUCGUCAAGACAGAAGCUUACGAGAUCGUUGAGAACUAAAGGUGGAGCUUCAGAGGUGGUGCCUGGGUCAGGGAAGGAAAAGGAUGUGGUUGAGUAUGUGGUCAUCCAGCAAAAGUUCGAGGCUUGGAGGCCAGGACCGUGGCAAGUAUGGGGAACCACGAGAGAGACGACCUUACGAGAUGUGGAGGAAUGGCAGAAAAGGGUA